UCCCUGCGUCCCACCUCUUAUCGCCUCGAUAAGCCCUGAACCCCGCGAACCCUUGGACUGCUCUCAGACACAACCCCUCCGUCUUUUAAGAGCUCCCUGCAAUGCAUUAGAAGUCAAAACUGUAACCUCCCAGUCUCUAAAACCCAACUCCACAACAGCUUCAUAUAUCCAUUUGUUUUCUGCACGGUCAGACACUCCUUUACAAACGCACACCAUGUCUCACGAGCACUCUCACGACGGGCCCCACGGCCACGCCCACUCCCACGAGGGCGGCUUCAACGCCCAGGAACACGGCCACUCCCACGAGAUCCUCGACGGUCCGGGCAGCUACCUCGGCCGCGAGAUGCCCAUUGUCGAGGGAAGGAAUUGGAGUGACCGGGCUUUCACCAUUGGAAUUGGAGGCCCCGUCGGGUCCGGCAAGACGGCCCUGAUGCUCGCGCUGUGCCUCGCGCUGCGUGAGAAGUUCUCCAUCGCCGCCGUGACCAACGACAUCUUCACCCGCGAGGACGCCGAGUUCCUCACCCGCCACAAGGCCCUGCCGGCGCCGCGCAUCCGCGCCAUCGAGACGGGCGGGUGCCCGCACGCCGCCGUGCGCGAGGACAUCUCGGCCAACCUCGCCGCCCUCGAGGACCUGCACCGCGAGUUCGACGCCGACCUGCUGCUCAUCGAGUCCGGCGGCGACAACCUCGCCGCCAACUACUCGCGCGAGUUGGCCGACUACAUCAUCUACGUCAUCGACGUCUCGGGCGGCGACAAGAUCCCGCGCAAGGGCGGCCCCGGCAUCACGCAGAGCGACCUGCUCGUGGUCAACAAGACGGACCUGGCCGAGAUCGUCGGCGCCGACCUUGGCGUCAUGGAGCGCGACGCGCGCAAGAUGCGUGAGGGCGGGCCCACCGUCUUCGCCCAGGUCAAGAAGAACGUCGCCGUCGACCACAUCGUCAACCUUAUGCUGAGCGCGUGGAAGGCGAGCGGCGCCGAGGAGAACCGCCGCGCGGCGGGUGGCCCGCGCCCGACCGAGGGCCUGGACAGUCUCAAGGCUUGAGACGAAAUUUUAGAAAAGAAGGGAAGAAAACCAGGGGCUGGAAAGUUUUGUUACUUGUCAUGGGACGGAGGCAUUGUAAUGUAUGGCAGAACCAAGUGAAGAAAAAGUUGACAUUUUAUCCUU